AUGACUCUCUGGCUUCAUGAGCGCAAAAAGUAUCUUCUCGAGUUUAUCAGACUUGAAGGACAUGGGAACUACGCAUCCAGGGAAACUUGCCAAGGGCACAGCAAAUGCACAUCUGAGCCUGGAUAUCAUUGCCAGGAUUGUUUUGGGACAGAGCUCUACUGUCAAGAGUGUAUCGUGAACAGGCACCGCAAAAACCCUUUAUACAAGAUCGAAUUCUGGAAUGGUUCUUUCUUUGAGGAUACUACACUCAAGUAUCUCAGACUCCGUGUUCAGCUUGGCCACCCAGUUGGCAAACAAUGUUUCAACCAUUCACGUGCCUAUGAUGAUGAUUUUAUCAUUCUCAACAUUAAUGGUAUCCAUGAACUUGCCUUAUAUUUUUGUUCAUGUGAGAGUGCACUAAGUCACACCAACCAAAUCCUGCGAGCUCGCUGGUAUCCUGUGACCAGCAUAGAUCCAAAAUCAGCGGCAAUGUUCUGUCUUCUAGAGCAUUUACACAUGCUUACAUUCAAGUCCAAAGCCUCUGCCUUCAAAUAUUGGCAAACCCUGGUAUGUCUUACUGAUAACACAGGCAUCAAGCCAUGCAAGGAUCGUUAUGACAGUCUCUUGCGCAUGAUCAAACAAUGGCGUCAUGACCCCACUGGCAUCAAUGCGACUGCACAGGGGUCAUGUGCUGUGGUUUGUCCUGCAUGCCCCCACCCAGGCAAGAACUUACCAGAAGACUGGAAAGUAGCACUUCUGGACAAACAGUGGCUGUAUGCACAAUUUCUGGCCAUUGAUGUGAAUUUACGCUUGGCACGUAAGAAUGUUUCCUCAGACAGGAUUGACCCUGGUCUGAGUAGAGGAUGGGCUUAUUUCAUUGAGGAGACUGGGUUCAAAGGAUUCCUGACCGAUGUUGGAACAGUACCACAAGAGAAAAGCACAUGCGCUAGUCACAAUGCCGUGAAUCUUGCUGAAACAAAGAACUUGCGAGGAUUGGCUGCAACUGGAGCUGGGAGUGUGAACUGUUCUCAUCACAACUUCAAGCGACCGUAUGGAGUGGGUGACCUUCAGAAAGGUGAAAAGUAUGUAUUCAAUAAUAUGAAAAUGUUCCCGCUGAUCCUUUUAAACAGGUAUAUCAACAUGGAUUACUUGUUUUUGUCGACCAUGCAACAUUCUGAGGAUAUCAUUCAAACACCUAUGGGGCGGAUGUCAAAAUACCCCUCACGCAUGCACUUCAUGCAUGACGGUAAAAUCAUGACCUUUCUUGUUCCAAAAUUCCACUUGCCCGCUCACAUCACUACAUGCCAGAUUAUGUUUUCACACAAUCUUAUCAAGGGAAUGGGGCGCACGGAUGAUACACUGGACGACCAUUUCAGUGACUACAAUUGGAAGAAAGUUACAAACUUUGGUGUUAGUUUGCUGAGCAAAAUCAAGGUUGCAAUUCCUGAACGUGAGGUAGCAGGGUGGAAAGAAGCUAUUGAAAACUGGGAGGCUGACACAUCCAACAAAAAUCCCUUUGAGACAACAACCAUCACCUUGACGCAGGCUGCUGUGUGCCUUAAACUCUCACAACAGGAAGCCGAAGACCUUGAAAGAGGUUUUAACAAAUCACUACACAUGGAGGUGUCACACAGCAUACUCAUUUCGUCAGGAAUGGACCUCGAGGAACAACAAUUUUACCUGCAGCAAGAUCACAACACCCUGAGUAGCCAUCCAACAGACUUGCAGCAGAUGAAGCUGCAAGAGCGUUCAAAUGCACUCCUGUGCAAGAUAGAGCAGUGGUGCCAUGUGCACAAUCAGCUCGCGAGGAGAAGGCCUACUGAAAUCAAGCUUUGGCUACCAUCAAAGCUGAAGGAGGCAGCCGAGAUGUCAUGUGACGAGCAGCUUUGUGAAUAUGAGUGGGAAUUGCGAUGUGCACAGGCAUACAAAGCUCUCGAUGAUGUUCACUGGCAACUCCAUCUUCGUGCAUAUCUCUACAAGUUCAAGGACACCUACAUUUGGGGGCAACGGGCCAAUACCAGGGCAUCCGCUGUACUCAGAAAAGCGGAGCAGACCAUUGGGACAGCUGCUGCUCAGUAUUGUAGGGCCUGGGUGGCAGUCAAGAUACUGUCAACGGUGCUGGACAGACCAAAUUGGGAGGUAGAAUUGCCCCAGCUGCUGGCAGCUGAUGUUCGCGGCAUGUCAGAGGGAGAUAUUGGCCAAUCUGAGGGAAACCACACACUUUCAUGGAUCUGGAAGACUGUGGGGUGGCUGCGAUUGGAGAAGAUGGUGAGGCUGUUUUAUCAGAAGGUAAGCUUUUGCAUGAUUGGUUGUACAGAGCUAUCCUUACAAUUGGUAGCUUUGCGUAUCAAAUGGUGCAAAUCAAGGGUGCAUGCCAGUUGUUGGGCUGAAGAAGUCGAACUCCUGCAAGAGGAGAUGCGGUGCGUAGUCAGCUUCCUUUCAUGGCACGCAGGGUGGUGGGAGGAGCAAGCAAGCCAGAGGAUGGUGCUAGCUGCACCUGAACAGGAGGGUGUCUGUGGAUAUGCAAGGCGCCAGGCUGCUCUUCGGAGGGCUAUGUGA